AUGUUUGUGUUCGGGGAGGCUACUGUUCAAGAGAAAAAAAAUAGGGAGACAAGAUCUUAUCUAAUUAUUGUGGCUUGGAGAAAUUUGUGUGAUUUGGGGUGGAUUGGGUUGCAAUCAAUUGAAUUGAAUGGAUUGAUUAUUGAUCCACCGAUUCGGAUGCGACGCGAUUACCAGGUAGUGGACAGAAGAGGAUACGUGGAAGGUUACAUUAAAUUGUUAAAAUAG